AUGACAUCCCGAAAGCGCGCGUCAGAAUCAGACACAGGGCCCGAAGGCAAGAAGGCCAAAGUCACUGCUAGCCAAACCGACUCCAAUGGAGAUCGCUAUUGGGAAAUCUCCAAGAUGCGCCGCGUGACGAUUUCCUCCUUCCGUGGUAAAACCCAGGUGAAUGUUCGAGAAUACUACGAAAAGGACGGACAACAACUACCUGGCAAAAAGGGGAUCUCCAUGCCAAUGGAUCAAUUCUCUGCCUUGGUCUCCCUGCUGCCCGAAAUUGAAGAUGCACUGAAGCAGAAUGGAGAGACUCUGCCACGACCUAUCUAUUCGGGAGAGACCCAGUCUGGCCAAGGCGAACAGGAAAUGGGAGACCAGAGCCCGUCGAAGCAAAACAUCGAUGCAACAAGUGACGAGGACGAGGACGAGAAGUAG